UUGACUCUUAGCCUGUGACGUCAGCAAUAUCAGCGGUCGCUGGGCAGUGCCAGCAGAACUGAGAGGAAGAAGUAAAGAUGGUUCUCAUCAAAGAGUAUCGUGUGGUUUUACCCUGUAGUGUUGAAGAGUAUCAAGUUGGGCAGCUGUUCUCUGUUGCUGAAGCAAGUAAGAAUGAGACGGGAGGUGGUGAAGGCAUCGAGGUACUCAAGAAUGAACCCUAUGAGAAGGACGGGGAGAAAGGACAGUACACACACAAAAUCUACCAUCUAAAGAGUAAAGUCCCGGGGUUUGUCAAACUCUUCGCCCCUGAGGGUUCCCUGAAUGAAUAUAUGAAAGACAAUUUCUUCAUUAAAAUUGAGACUUGGCACAAACCAGACCUGGGCACACAGGAAAACGUGCACAAACUCGAUGGUUCCACAUGGCAGAAUGUAACUGUUGUGCCUAUUGACAUCGCCGACAGAAGUCAAGUGUCUGCUGCCGACUAUAAGCCAGAUGAGGAUCCUGCCAAGUUCAAGUCUGUUAAAACCGGCAGAGGACCGCUUGGGCCGUCCUGGAAGAAAGAGCUGAUGAGUAAAACUGAAUGCCCAAGGAUGUGUGCCUACAAACUAGUCACAGUCAAGUUUAAGUGGUGGGGGCUGCAAACCAAAGUGGAGAACUUCAUCCAUGAGCAAGAGAAGAGGAUCUUCACCAAUUUCCACCGCCAGCUCUUCUGUUGGAUUGAUAAGUGGGUGGAGCUGACCAUGGACGAUAUCCGGCGGAUGGAGGCCGAGACGCAGAGAGAGCUGGAUGAGGUCUUCGAAAACAGGGAGAUGUACGGGGAACCAGUGCUGCAGAUGAAUGAAAAGACGCAGGAUUUUAAACCCACACAAUGAGCAGCGAUGGAGCCCACUUAAAAAAGAAAGAAAAAAGAACAGGCUUCAUUGAUGACAUCUUUUACUUUAACUGAUUCCGGCUGUGGAGGAGGGAGCACUGCAGCCUGCGAUCAAUAGAGCAGAUCCCUGACUUGACCCCAAUCAUAGACAUUCUACCUAUUGAGGAAUUGAUUUCUAGAAACUAACACGAUCCUAGCUGAUAAGACUCGGGUUAAUUUUGAUCUCCUGAGCAGAGAAUGGCCAGCUAUCAUGAUCAUGUGUGACUUAGACUUCAGAAAAGAUCCAAUGGAGCCGCCUGCAGUAUAGAUCAGUAUGUUAAAAAAAAUAAUUAUAGUGAAUCGGCUUGAUUCCACUUUCGCAGGUGUUUGACCAAAUAUUUCCUUUUUUGUAUUUUAUCUCAAAUCAUCUGGUCUUUGACCCAAACGCAUUCCUGCGCAGGUGAUGUCUUGUAUGACCUCGCUCUGCCUCCUCCUUGGUCUUACACACCAUGGCUCAGUGGUUUGCAUUCGCUGGCACGAGACAGUUUGUCAUACUCAUGUUCCUUCCUGCCACAGCCCCCAUUAAGUGAUUACUAACACCCUUGGCGCCUGGCCCAUUAUAAUCCUCCCUCCAUCACCCCACCUUAACCAAAGCACUGCAUCUUAUUAUUACUGACAAUCAAGCCUGGACAGGUUUUCGCUCUCAUUGCUGUUCCGACUUAAAAAAACUGAAAAAAAAAGAACAGGCAUGAGUAUGACACAUGCAUUACGCACAUGAGGACGUGUGAAUUCUUUCUCUGGCACACACAGGUGUAGAUACCUUUGCGCUGACUGCUCUGCUAAAAGCUCCUGCUGGGCAGAUCCCUGCAAGCUUGUGCACCUAAAGGAUGUUGCGGUUCUCACCAGUCCCCCCCCCCCCACCCCCACUCCUCUUAAGACAUUUACACAUAGCAUACAGCACAGCGUUCUCCUCUUCAACAGAUGUUCCCAGAGGAAAAGAAACUGCACUGAAAAA